CGUCAGGGUGCCAUCCACGUCGAACAGGCAGAGCGCUGAGGGCGGCGCCGCCAUGGCUGUGGCGGGGGGGCCGCCGCUCCCGGCGGGCCGCGCGCGGGCCGGGCGCAGGCGCGGUGAGGCGGCGCGGCCAUGGCGGCGGCUUGGCUCUGCACAGUCAGGACUAAAGUCUGCACAGCACCAGCUUUUGGGAGAUGUCUGCAGAAGGAGCUCUGGACGAGGCCAUGGAGAAAGGAAGAUGCUCGCCUGCCUUGGAUUUUUGGUUCGUGGGAGCAUUUGCAGUCACAAACCCAGCGAGUUCAUGGUGUCAGUGAUUGCCUCAGGAGACUGCAGGAGCCGUCUGUGCGUCUGUCCCACUCGGCCCCGGCUGCUGUGGUCCAGCAGAAGGCUGUGGAUGGGAGGACUGAAGAGUUCAAACUGGUCUACAGGUUCCCAGGGAUAAAAUACUGCAGGGUGCUGUCGAGACUGAAGCUGUUGCAGACUGCCACCUCCAUGGUCAUGCUGCCUCCCAUCUGCUACCUCUACCUGCAGGGCCAGGUGUCUCAGAAUAUCCUCUUCUACACCACUGGCAUCGCCGUCUUUGCUGGGGCCAUGUUGUAUGGCAUGAGCUACUUUUUCAGAAGAAUUAUUGGAUUAAUCUACCUAAGUGAAAGUGGACAAACUGUCAGAGUGGCCCACUUGACAUUUUGGGGACGACGUAAUGAUAUUUACUGUCCCAUAGAGACAGUGGUGACUUUGGAUGAAAUUGGAGAUAGCAAGGACGAGCUACUUCACCAGUUCAAACGGUCUAACAGCACAGAUACUUUGUAUUUUACAAUUAAGUAUGGCCAGAUUGUAGACAGACAGAAAUUUAGUCAAAUAUUUGGAGAACUUUGACACAGCGGCUCAUUUCCAGUGAAUUUCCAUGUUGCAUGUCCAUUGUUCCAUGAGGUUUAAGUAGUCAACCAAACUACACAUCUGUCCUUUUCCUGUGCAAAGCCUGCUGUACUGUACCAGUGUAGAAAGUCCCAGUGGUAAAGCACAGCCCUCUGGAUUAAAGGCCUUGCAGCUUGUGUAUGGUGUGAGGAGUGUCUGUUCCAUGUUGGAUCCAGUAAUGUCACAGCAUUCCAAGCCUGAACUGUCCUUGGAAUGUGCUGGAGGAGGCCAAAUCACUGGGGCUGACCCUGGCUGUUUGUUUCAGUUGGCCUCUAUGGUUGUUAUGAAAAAUCUCUUGAAAUGAAAUGCAGGAGCUGCUAGAGUAUCCUCACUUCAAACUCAGUGCUUCUUUUAGCUAAUUUCUGGUUGGCUGGAAAGCCUCUGGAAAUUCCAGCUGGUCUGGUACAUCCAUGGGAUGGGUACUGCUGAACGUCAGAGAGGGACGUGCUCAUGUAUCACUGCAAUUGAGGGAACUGGGAAGGUGUCCUGGCCUCAGGAGGCUCCUGGGGCGAACACAAGGGUGUGUGCUGCAAGAGACACUGGCAGCUCAGCUGUAAGUUAAAGGCUGGGACAGUAUUUCAGGAGCCCCUUUCAGAAAUUGCCAUUCUCCAUUGGAACAGGAAAAGCAGCACCUGUCUCCAUGAAGGAUUGUGGUUGUGUUCCAUGGUACUGGUAUGAUUCUCCCUUCCAAAACCUCAGUAGAAAUGAGGAAUUUAAACCCAAGAAAGAACCAAACCUGUCACCUAGAACAUGUAACACAUUUUUGAAUUUUCAGAAGCAAGGCAACUCCUUACACCCCUCUUCUAACUUCAUUUGAAACAGGUGAAUAAACUGACUCUCACCAAUAAUCUGGAGUGUUCUUUCCUUUUUUAUUCCUCUUGUGAAGUGAAAUUUCUGCUAAGGCAGUUAAGUAAAAUUGCCAUUCAAGUGCACAGGGUAACUUUGAAUUCCUAUUUCUCCUGUUGAACUUUUCCUAAUGGGGUUCUGUGAGUUUAAAUUUUGGCUGACACUGUGUAGCACACCAAUAUCAAAACACA